GAUCCCAACUUCCGGUGAAAGAGGAGAAGUGUCUCACACGAUUACUCUGACAAGGCCUGCCGUUACUCACCCGUAGCUAGUGGAACGGGGUUUUCGAUAAGAGCCAUGGCUCUGUGAUCGCCAGCAAGUCCGCUGAUUAACUUUUUUUUUUUACACAAAAGAGACGAGGUGAACGUCGAUGUUGACGACGCUUUGACUGAACGCCACAUCGUCAGAGCCACAGGUUUGAACGUUAACCCGCGACUACCAGCUAGUUAGCUAGCUAAAGACGCAGCUAGCUAUUCGCCAACCGAGCACCUCUAAAUAAGAUCCUGGUGUCUGGCUCAAGAUGUCAACCGCGGGUUUCAACUCUCAGAACGGGACGGGGCAGCCAUAUGCGAACGGUCCUUCACAGAAUCCAGUUGCCUUACAGCAGCUACCAGGGGUCAGCUAUGGCACGACUCACCAACCAACCUACAAUCCAAUGCAGGCCAAAGCUGCAGCACCCCCCGGCCCUGGACUCUACCCCUCUGGGCCAUACCAGCAGGUUCCCCCAGUCUGCUCCUACCAGCCUGGCCCACCACUCCCUUCCUACCCAGCUCCCACAGGCCAGCCGCUGUUGACCAGGCCUCCAAUGGGAGGUCCCUCAUCCCAUACCCCUCCUCAGUCUGCCAGCCCCAGCCCUGGUCCCAGGCCACCCCUUUCACAGGCCACACCCCCCCCUCCUGCAGCAUCUUCUAGUAGCUACUAUCCAAACCCCCAGCAGCUGCAGCCCAUGGCUCCAACAUGGCAGUACAACACAGCUCCCCCACCAAUGGGGCCACCCACUUCAACCAACAUGCCUCCCCGCGGCCCCAUGGCGAAUCACGUGAACCCAUCUUCAAGCUUGACAUUGCCACCACCACCGUCAUCAGCAAUUUACAGCUCAGGCCCUGGGAUGCCUCCCACCAGUCUGCAAGGAUACAACCAGCCAGGCAUUGCACCUCCACCUAUGAAUCCCGUGGCUUCCCACACAUACCAACCAAGCAGAAUUGCAUAUGGCCCCCCACCUUCAGGCCCCCCACCUUCAGGCCCCCCACCUACAGGCCCACCACCAGCCAUGAAACCUGCAGCUCCUCCCACUGGACCCCCAGUGGCCAAUGUCACACCUCCACCUCCCAAAUCCGAUGGAACUUUGCCUGGCAACGGUCCCCAGUCAUCAAACAGCUAUAAUCAUGUUGACAGCAAAAUGGCUGGCCUGCCCCAGCACGGACCACCUGGUCGGCACUUGGGCCAAUACCCCUCCCUCCCACCUGGGUACCAGAACACCUCGGCACCACACAACCCCCCGUCCCCCAUGCACCAUGCGAUACAAAGAGCCACAGAGCCUUACACUCAAGCUCCUCAGCCAUACCAGCAGCCCCCUGGUGGCCCAGGGCCGGCCCAACUGAGCCCGUCCUUGGCGGCCAUGAGCCUUCAGUCCAGUAUCCCAGAGGCACUAAGAGUGGUCAACCUGCUGCAGGAGAGGAACCUGCUGCCACCAAGCCCAAUCCCUGCCCCGACACCCUGCCUGCCCCAGGACCUGCAGAAGAUUAACUGCAACCCAGAGGUUUUCCGUUGUACACUGACCAGCAUCCCUCAGACACAGUCUCUGCUCAAUAAAGCCAAGAUGCCGCUGGGCCUGCUGCUGCACCCCUUCAAAGACCUCUCGCAGCUUCCUGUGGUGACGUCCAGCACCAUUGUCAGAUGUCGGUCCUGCAGAACCUACAUUAACCCGUUUGUCUCUUUUCUGGAUCAGAGGAGGUGGAAGUGCAACCUGUGCUUUCGAGUCAAUGAUGUUCCAGAGGAGUUUAUGUACAACCCAGUCAGCAGAUCAUACGGAGAGCCACACAAAAGACCUGAGGUCCAGAACGCCACUAUUGAGUUCAUCGCUCCUUCAGAAUACAUGCUGAGGCCACCACAGCCGGCUGUUUACCUCUUCGUUCUGGACGUAUCCCACAAUGCCAUGGAAACGGGCUAUCUGAAUGUGUUCUGUCAGUCUCUGCUGGACAACAUCAAUGCGCUUCCUGGAGACUCACGAACAAAGGUCGGCUUCAUCACCUUCGAUAGCACCAUUCACUUCUACAAUCUCCAGGAGGGACUUUCCCAGCCUCAGAUGCUCAUUGUGUCUGACAUUGAAGAUAUCUUUUUACCAACACCAGACAGCCUUUUAGUAAACCUCAGUGAAUGCAAAGAACUUGUGCAGGAUCUGCUGAGGAAUCUACCAAGCUUAUUUGAAAAGACCAUGGAGACACAAUCUGCCCUUGGAUCAGCUCUGCAAGCAGCCUUUAAGCUGCUGUCGCCCACCGGAGGGCGCAUGUCAGUCUUUCAGACACAACUGCCCAACAUGGGAGUGGGGGCACUCCAGUCCAGAGAGGACCCCAACCAGCGAGCAUCUGCCAAGGACAUUCAGCAUUUAUCCCCAGCGACAGAUUUCUACAAGAAGCUGGCUCUGGACUGCUCUGGCCAGCAGGUGGCCGUUGACUUGUUCCUGCUAAGCUCUCAGUACUGCGACCUGGCAUCGCUUGGCUGCAUAUCCAGAUACUCGGCAGGCAGUGUUUACUACUACCCUUCAUACCACCACCAGCACAACCCUGCUCAGGUGGAGUGCUUCCAGAAGGAUCUGAAGAGAUACAUAACCAGGAAGAUCGGCUUUGAGGCUGUCAUGAGGAUACGCUGCUCCAAAGGUCUAUCCAUCCACACGUUCCACGGGAACUUCUUUGUGCGCUCAACAGAUCUGUUGUCCCUGCCUAACGUGAACCCAGAUGCUGGCUUUGCAGUUCAAAUGUCUAUCGAGGAAAAUCUGGACGACAUGCAGGUCGUCUCUUUCCAGGCCGCGCUGCUUUACACCUCCAGCAAAGGAGAAAGGAGGAUCCGUGUCCACACCUUGUGUCUCCCUGUGGUCAAUUCUCUGUCGGACAUCUUUUCUGGUGCCGAUGUUCAGGCCAUGACUGGGCUGCUGGCUUGCAUGGCUGUGGACCGUUCAGUGACGGCCAGUCUGAGUGACGCCAGAGAUGCGAUGACUAACGCUGCCAUUGACUCGCUGUCGUCAUACCGACAGUCUGUGUUGACCGUCCAGCAGCCCGGCCUGCUGGCGCCGGCCUGCCUCAGACUCUUCCCCCUCUUCGUCCUUGCCUUGCUCAAACAGAAAUCCUUCAGGACAGGCACCAGCACCAGACUGGAUGACCGAGUGUUUGCCAUGUGUCAACUGAAGUACCAGCCACUGACCUACGCCAUGCUGAUGAUCCACCCUGCCCUGUACCGCAUCGACGAUCUUACUGACGAGGGAGCAUUGAACAUCAACGACCGGACGAUCCCUCAGCCGAGAGUGCUGCAGCUUUCUGUGGAGAAGCUCAACAGGGAAGGAGCUUUCCUCAUGGAUGCUGGAUUAGUGAUGUAUCUGUGGAUCGGACGAAACUGCCACCCCAACUUCCUCACACAAGUCCUGGGAGUUCCCAACUAUGCUGCCGUGCCUGAUAACUUGUAUCUGCUGCCAGAGCUGGACACAGCCGAGUCGCAGAGGACCAGAGCAUUCAUUGGUUGGCUGAGGGAUCAGAGGCCAUUCUUCCCCUCUCUGCAUGUCAUUAGGGACGAGAGCCAGCUGAAAGCCAGCUUUAUGCAGAGCAUGAUCGAGGACCGAACCGAGUCGGCCCUGUCGUACUAUGAGUUCCUGCUCCACCUCCAACAGCAAAUCUCCAAAUAAUAUUCAGUGGGACGGUGCAGAUGAGAGAACGCAGAAUCAUGAACACCCAUCAUUGUAUGUGUGUGCGUAUAUAUGUAUAGUGUGUGUGCGUGUGUGCGUCUCUCAAAGCAGUGGGAGGCCGACUCCAGCUUCAUCCAGCUGUGGUUCACCAUCUCUCUGAGAAAAACCUGUGCUGAACUUAUGUGAAGCGUCACUCAAAUCAAACAAUGUGACAGACGAUAAAAGGACAGAGUGACAAAGAUGCAUUUUUCCCAGCACUUUUUACCGAGAUGAAGUGGUGCAUUGGAAGAAAAAUAAUCAAGAAAUCCACAACGAUGAUAAUUAUGUACGACAGUGAUCGAACGGAUCAGUGUUUAUUCUCAUAGAACAAUGCUGUCUAAGUAAGGUAGCAUUCAGAUAGUUGCAGCAAACGGAUGGUGUUGAGUGUUUUUGUUCAAAGAGCACAGUCGCCUUUACCAAAACAAACCAUCUGUAUGUAUGUUUGUAUGUAGGUCUGCUUCGGAUUAGGUUUGUAAGGAAGGUUUGUACGUCUGCGCUUAAAGACUGUUAUUGGGUGUCACCUGGAAUAUUUGUAUACAGAACACCUGAGCUCCAACAACCCUCUAACAUCGUACCUGACAGACAGAACUCGUGCUUUUUAUUUCUCAGUCAUUAUAAGUGUGUGUCGAACAAAUCUGUUGUUACUGGCUGAAAUGUUGAGGAGUUUGAAGGCGGAUCUACUUUCACACUGUCAUUGCUGCCUUGUGUGGACUCGGCAGUGAAAAGUAAUUUUCUCUGGUCUGAUCUGGCAUCUUUUCUCUGGACAGGCAGAACAACUCUGAUGACGUCGUUCUUCCUAUUUGUUUAUUUCUUUUCUUUUUUCUGAUUGUUUAAUUUAUGAGACUCCCAAUCUGAUUAAAUUCUAUAAUUGCCUUGUACGGGAACUCACUUUUUAUUAUUAAACCUCUGUUUAAAUACAGACUCUACAUAUGAAAUAUUUUAAUAUAAUAGGAUAUGGGAAAUUCUUUAACACAGACAUAACAAAGCCAUUGUUUUAAUCAUACUUAUUGAUACUUGUAUAUUAAAAGACUGCAUUAUAUAAAAGUGACAAAAUGCUGAUGAUUUUAGUAUAAACAUCGAGGUGAAAUGACGCUAAGAAAAUAAAAUGUUUGGCACUUUGUAAA